UUUGAAAAGGAUAUUUCGGAGGAGUUAUUAUUGUAUUUUUUUUUUUUUAAAUAUAAAUAUAAAUCUGAAGAAAUCUUCAAGGGAAGAGAACCAAGAAUAAAUAAGCGAUUGCAGCGCCAUCUAUUAAACGGAGGUAACCUCACAUUUUCCAUAUAUGUAUGUAUGUAGUACUGCAUGUACCGUUAUGCUCUUAACCAUGCCAGGCACGCAUGCGCAGCGCAGAGCUCGAAAAAAGUACAAUUUUGAGAGGGAGCCAAGUUCACUCCCCACAGAGCCGGUCUGCUACUCAAUUGGAAAGAAAUCCAAGCCGUAGAGGCGGCUCCAAGUCUCAGUUAGCUCCAAGAGGUUGGACAGUGCGGUUCGUCGUUCGGUUUUUGGAUUCGGGUUCGGGGCGAGAUCUUGAGAAAAAAGUGAAAUAAAAAAAACGCCGGAACUGCGGCCCAAACCUGUUUUGGCAAAGUGAACACAACAACAAUAGCAGCCAAAACGCAUGCAAGUGACGAAACGACCUUAAGCCAGGGAAAGAUAUAAAACUUGGCUUAAAAAAGUUAAAUAUUAAAAGGAUUAAGAGCAUCGGUGACGCAGCCACUCGUAACAAAAAAAAAAAACCCAAAAUGCUGUUUCGUUGCCUGAAGAGUGAAUAAUAAGAUUUAUAGGAAAUUGGCCAGCCGGAGAUACCAUUAUCGAUCGAAUUAAACAACAAAGUUUACGUGGCUAGGCAGCAAUCUAAAAAACAAGACACGCCGAAAUGACAUUGAGGAACAAAAGCGGUAGCAACAAUGUUCUUUGUCUGCGAUUGCAUCGGAAAUUGUACUUACUGCCGGCCAUAUCGCUUUUCCUCAUUUUCCUCACCUGCUCCACCCUGCUCCCCGUUGCCUUGGCCGAGGGCGAGGAGGAGGAUGGGCCAUAUCGUGGACAAUAUUUGGGUAAACUCAACUCCUACCACCACCAAGUGUCCGGUGAUGUGUACGCUGUCAACGAGUACACCUUCCUGAUUGUGGGCUUCAACUAUGACGGCAACGGGGCGGAUACGUUCUUCUGGUCGGGAGCCAGCAAUCGGCCAGGACCGCAGGGUUUCAUUGUACCCGACGAACAUGGAAGAACGAACAUCCUUGAUCGCUACCACAACAAGGACUUCACAUUGACCCUACCAGACCGAAAGAAGAUAACCGAGAUCAAGUGGCUGGCCGUCUAUGAUCUGAGUAGUCAGAAUAACUUUGGGGAUGUGUACAUUCCCGAGGAGUUUGAGCCGCCCAAGACCCAGGUGGGCGGAACCUUCUCCAGGCGCAGUCACAAUGUGAGUAGCAGCAGCAUCGAGAUCCUGGACUCGAAAACCAUUCGGAUCAAGGACUUCACCUAUGACGGCCUUGGCAAGAGGACCUUCUUCUGGACAGGAGUGGGAGCACAACCGUCGAGUCGAGGCAGCAAGCUGCCGGAUGAAAGGGGAUACCUUGAUCCCAUUCGGAAGUAUAACAAGGAAACCAUUGAACUCGAGCUGCCAGGAGACAAAACCAUCUUCGACAUUGACUGGAUUAGUGUCUAUGAUGUGGCGGAUAAUGAGAACUAUGGCCAUGUGCUGAUAAACGAGCGUUUGAAUGUUCCUCCCUCUCUGGUCAAGGUUACGCCCUUUGAGUUCUCAUUGCCCAAUUGCCGGCAGCUGCACAAGGAUCUACAGGUGUCCUGGGAGGUGUUUGGCCCGCAGAUUACAUUCCAGCUAUCCGGACAGGUGGCAGCCAACGAUUACAUGUCCUUUGGCAUAUCCGGAUCGGAUACAUCCAGUCAGAUGAUCGGCUCAGAUGUGGUAGUGGCAUACAUAGACGACAUUCGAGGCUACACCAUCGACUACAAUAUCACAUCGUUGGCACCCUGUGUUCAGGUGCUGGGCCAGAACAAGGGUGUCUGUCGGGAUGAUGUGGUUGGAGGCCUGGACAGCUUCCAGCUGAAUACUUACAGCCGCAAGGAUGGAAUCAACACUAUCAGCUUUAGGCGUACUCUCAAGUCAUCUGACGACGGCGACAAGGAGAUCUUUCUGGACCGCAGCAACUAUGUCGUUUGGGCUUUUGGCCAACUGGACUCGAACAAUGAGCCAGCUUUCCACACUUACUAUCCCAAAAGUGAUAUUUUAAUCGAUUUCAAUACUACUGAGCCUGUCAAUGACUGCUUUGCUUUCACCAAAAGCGUAGAGACGCCCCCACCAUUGUGGGAACGUACCAGGAUCACAGAUGCAACGGUUCGUUCCUUUAACGCAUACCUAGGACCUUCAGGAGGCUUGCGGGGCUAUCAAGGACUGACUGGCCAUGUUUCCAGUGGCUUGGCCUGGUACAUCAACGGCUAUAUGAUACCGGAACUGUACCUAAAGAGGGGUCUAACCUACACGUUUAAGGUGCGAGGCGGCAACAAUCCCCACUCACCGGAGCACUACCAUCCCCUGGUGAUCACGGACGAUCCUCAGGGCGGUUACGAUCGUUUGUCGGAUGCCAAGCAGAGUGAGAUUCGUGUUCUGGCCGGAGUGGAGUUUACCAGACGAGGAAGACCUAAGCCGACGGCAGCCGGGCCACUUUGCAUCUCCAGAUAUCCUCCGAAAUAUGAUCGCCGUUUGGAUGACAACUUCGCCACCUUCAAGAAGUUCAAUCGGUCGCUGAUCACCGAGUGUGUGGACGAAGCACCUGCCCUGUUGGAAAUCACUCCGAAUAUAACCUGGCCGGAUACUGUCUACUACAAUUCAUUUACCCAUGGCAAUAUGGGCUGGAAGAUUCACAUCGUGGAUAGUUACAAUAACCUGAGGAAUGGAGCAUCGGCUGCUACAUCCAUGUCCUUGCCCAUUAUCCUGCUGUCCCUGUACUUCCUAUUCCAGUACUGACUGUUUUCCAUAAUUAGUUUCUACCCAUAAUCACGUAUUUAGUGUCGUAGUCUAUAAUAAGCAGUCACAAUCUAUGUAUUUGAUGCGAGUGUGUAAUGAUGUGUGGUAUGCUCAAGUUGUGUAUAUUAUUAUUAAAAAAUGUAUUUAUAUGCAGAACUGUGUUGUAUUUUAAAAGAAAGUAAUACAAGGCUCGAUGUAGAGCAGAGAUUGAUAAUAAAAAGUGAUGUUAAACGUA